AAUGAUAAAGGAAAAUGAAGAGAUAUCUUUUGAAAAUGGAUAACCUAAUCAGGUUGGUCUACUAAAAAAGCCAAAAAAGAAAAAUGAAUAUGAUUAUCAUAGAAAAAAACGAAGAUGUGCUGAUGGAACAAAUAAUAAAAAGUCAGGAUAAAAUUUUUCAUUAGAAGAUGAUAAACGUAUUUUAUAGUUGGUGCUUAAAAAUGGACCUAAAUUUUAAAAGAUUCAUAGACAUUUUCAUGGAAAAACAUUAGCUAUGGUGAAAAAUAGAUAUUAUAAGUAUUUACGCUUUAGAUGGGAAAUAUUAGGAUAGUAUCAUAUUAUUAAUUUUAGAAAUUACAAACAUUUAAGUGUUACCUAAGAAUAAUUAAAAACAUUAUGUGAACAACAAAAAAAUGUAAGCAAAAUAUUGAGUGCAGAAAAAGAUGAUCUUAUCUCUCAAAUAACAUCACGAACUACAUUACUUUAGAAUGCUCGAAUGUUUGUUGAAUUUAUAGUUGAAUAAUUGUUAUGA